UUUAACAUAGAUGUUUAUGGAGACUUUAUUCUGUAGGAUGUUGACACCCCACGUGUUUUAUUUUGAUAUCGAUGACCGGAAGUCUUCCCUCUGGUGUCUAACCUGACUCCGGACCUCCAUGAAGGGAGGAGAGACUCCCACAACACGAGUGAGCUGCACCGGCAUCUGUCACAUGGCUGCGGAGCAGAGAGGGGUCAGUCUGCCGGUCAAAUGUGGGACACACAGACGGACAAGCUCCAGGCGGACGGUUAGCUCGGUGGUCACGGGGGGAAACAGGAACACGGAUCCCGGAUUAACCGUGUGACUGCCGCCCGCAGACAACUUUCGCUUCUCCGUGAAGUUUUCUCUGAUGUCGGUUCCUGAAAACGCCGCUUGUUGUCGGAGGAGGAAGGCGGAGGGAGGGAGGUGAAGCAGCUUGAACUCGAAGCAGCGUCCAUAUCUGUGUCUUCAUGGCUUCACACAACUGCGCAACAAGUUUGUGAGUGUCUGUUUGUUGCUGACUCACCCGACUUUGAAGGCCGGGCGGGCGGCACCGAGCCCGGGCUUCAGUCAGUGAGAUCAAGGCGCUCAUGGGUUGAGCCUCCACACGGGGUCUGCUGAAGAUGAUCGGGUCACCGGACCUGCUGGCCUUCACCGGCACCGAGGGGUUUGGAGAAGGAGGAGAAGAGGAGCAGGAGGCUCUACCUGAGGAGUUCUCGAUCCCACUUACACCUCCGUCCCACCCUUGGACCUCCUCCGCACGUUUUCACAGGGACUUCAUACUGGUGGCUGAGUUCUCAGAGCAGGUGGGGCCCAAACCUGUGCUGACGAUACCGGAUGACCCCAGAGUCAUUGGCUCAUUCGACCUCAAUCACUUCUCCGUUCGCAUCAUGUCUGUAGACUACCAGGCGUCCGGCCCUGGGCACGUCCCUCCUGCGUCCCCUGGCCCUCGCCUCAACUUCAGCGAGGACUCCAAAGUGAUUCUGGGAGAUUCAGGGGAGGAUGCGUUCGCGUAUGUACACCACAUGACCCUGUAUGACCUGGAGGCUCGAGGUAUGGUGCGUCCUUUCUGCAUGGCGUACGUGUGCUCAGACCAGGCGAAGCUGAUGGAGAACUUCUGCGAGCUGUCGACGUGCUUCUCUCAGGCCUCUGACAGCCUCAAGACAGGAAACAGACAAGCGUUUUCUAUGGAGCUGCAGAGGAAAUUACAAGAACUAGAGUACACCCGACUGUGUCUGCUGCAGGAGGCAGAACGUCCAAGGAUGGAAAAUGGGCUCACAGAGGUUGGAGGAAAAUCAGAUGAGCUUGAAGCCGUGGAGCGUUCAAUCUUAAAUCACAGAGACCUUCUCCGCCAGGUCACGUCCUACCCAAACAGGAAGAUGAAACAGCCGGACUUUCUGCCGUAUGACCCAGCUGACUCCCUCACUGAUCCGACUGCGUCCCUGCCUCCUGAGCCGUGUCUUUCCUUUUCCUUCUCCACCUCCACCUCCUGCAGGUCUGAGCGCCGUCUGAAGCCUCUGCAGGAGCUUUGCAACAGCUACUUCCUGUCACUGAUGAAGGAGCAGCUGGCCGACACGGAGCGCCGCCUACGCGGUGACAGGAGUGUACUGCGAACUGUUCGCACCACGCAUUCCUUGUCCAAGAAGCUCAACCUCAUCAACUUUCUGUUCGAGCUGUGGAGCCCAGAGGAUGGAGAUGAGGAGGAGAAAGAGAGCGCCGAGGCAGAGCUGCAGAGAGCGACGGGGAGUCAGAGCGGCGGCGAGGGGUUUCAAUCAGAACCGAUGAGCCUGGAAUCUUUCUCGUCCUGCGUGGAGGAGAUCCCGAUUAAACUGGAGGCAGGAGAAAGCAGGACAAUGACCCCUGACCCCAAUGUUCUCAUGGAAAUGACAGGAAGCGUGAGCAGCGGCGACAGCAUUGAAGUGCUCGGGACCGAGAAGUCUUAUCGGACGCAGCAUGACGUUGCUGGAUCUGACAGCAGAGAAACUCCACUUGGGAUCAUGGACGCCUCGUACAAGCGAGCCGCUGUAGAUGCAGGCGUCAGGCGUGGGCGAGCGUACGCCAGACGAGCCAACAGUGAGGACAGCAUCGAGGUACUCAGCACAACUGAGUCCAUCUUUCCUGACGACCUCACCGCCAUCACAGAGGAAGAAGCAGAGCACCAACCUCCGAGUAACGACUUUGACGAUGAGAAGUCGUCCGAUGUCCUCAAAGAGGAAAAGGUUUCAACGGCAGUAACUUCAUUAAACGAGGAUGAAAACCAACGGCAUGUUCAGGACGAUGACGACUGUGGUGACAGAGAUGAAUCCUUAAAGCAAAUAACUGUUCGUGAUGAGGUUGUAAUCAAGGAGGAGCAGGUCACUGAGUGUUUGAAGAGCAAUGAAAUCCAUGAAGACAAACCUGAGAAGGCAUCCACACUACUGCAAGUUGAAGAAGCGGUGGAGUCGACGCCUCAGUGGUCUGAAGUCCAUCAGGCGGCGCAGUCGGUGCCCGACCUUCAUGUGAACUUCGCUCCUCCUGUUACCCUGGCUGAUGCUGACGGCUGGACUCCGCCCUGCGCUCCUGUCAGGCUGCUGAGCAUCGACGAGGCGUCUGACUGCACCAGCUUCAACGGCUCCUCAGAUCUGCCCUCUCCCACCUUAAAUGUCCACACCAGCACUCGCUCCGACAAGAGGAGGAGAAGGAAGGCUGGACUCCGAGCACUCAGGUUCCUCAAACAGAACUCAUUCUGCCAGCAUGCCGUGUUCUGUCUCCUGAGCGGCCGGCCGCUGGUCGUCGUCGGAGGAGACGAGGGUUUGGUUAGAAAACUGGUGGACGCUCUGAGUCUCUUCCUGCCUGCUCCUGGUCCUGAUGGGAAUGCUGCGAUGUCGUGUUUGACCACGCCGCUGCAGCUGACCGACCUGCUUACCUGGAGACUGAUAGGAAUACACAGAUCACAGUCCACCACGUCGGCCAGCGUUCUUCACUCUCUGACCCGCUACAGUCGUUAUCUGGCUCUGUUGGACCUGGACCAGAGGACGCUGCACUGUCCGUCAUACUCGGGCUCUCUCGUCAGCAGACUGGCCAACCCUCACACCGGCAUCAGCCGAGGCAUCACCUACCUGCUGCACCUGGAGAGCUGCCUGACCGCACUGGCCAACCAGGCUCUGCUGUACACAUUCGCAAAACAGCGUCCAAACACUGCCGGGGGCAAAGACGUGGCCGAGAAAGACAACUUCCUGUUGACGCGAGGAUUCUGCAGCAGUGAGAAUGAUCUGAGGGUGGUGCAUUACCUGUCUGACCUCAUCAAACAGCGCCACGCCGGACGUGGACCACCGGUUUUAAGAUUCUCUUACUCUUCAGCACACGUGCACAGAAACACACACGCAACAUAGACGCUGGAUGAAGAUAGUCUGUUGCGAUACCUUUAAACAUUUGCACUGAUUUCUCUGCCGCUGUCAGACACGACAGUCACACUUAUAUGUUUUUAUCUGCAGUGUUUAACGACGUGUGUAUGCAUGAUUUUUACUCCCAUGAUGCUGUGGGACAUUUAUCUGGACACAAAUGCACUAGUGCCUCAAUGGCACCUCGACAGCUGAACUACUGGACUGUUUUAUGUUUUUAAGAUGAAGGCUUGUUACUGAAUCACGUGAAUUUUAAGAUAGUUGAGCCACAAAUAAACACUGGAUCAGACAACACAUCUCAGAUUACUGUUAAACCAGCACGGUAUUAUUGUUUUAGAUCUACGUGGACCGGUAAUUAUUUACUUUUACAAGCCCGACGCUAGUCUUUCAGCUCUGCUGUUUUGUGAUUUAAUAUUUAACAUGUUUAGCUGCAGUUUAAAACUGGUUCUCAGGGUUUAUAUUAAAAUUCUGUCUCCUCUCAGUCGACUUAUAUCACAAUAUUAAUCUGUUUGUGCAUCAGUUAAGAGGCCACUUCAUUAGGUACGACUGGACAAUCUAAUGUGAUUGAAUACAACUCAAAGCUUUCAGUUUUUGUUGACAACGUCAGAGGUAUUUAUUCCUCUUUUUCAGUUUAUCAUUGUGCUGCAUCAUGUUGAGGUGUUUUUAAUAUCAUGUCCCUCUCAUGUGUAACCUCAGUCCAGUUUAACACUGCUGUACAACCACAACAGUAAACACAGUGUCGACAAAAACUGAAACAUUAUAAGCUUCAUAAAAGUUUAUGGCAGAGAUGAUGAGCUCAGUGCUCACAUUUUGUUUUUGAUCCUCACAAAAUCAGGAUUGGUUGCCAGGUGAUCAUUUGCCAGGCAACCGGUGCAGAGUCCAUGAAGUUACAGUUGAUUUCCCAAAAUGUUUUCCUUGGGAGUUUGUCUGAAGAUCAUCUGUCCUAUAACUUUAAAUGAACUAAACAUGUUUUAUUCAGCUUAUGCUAUACUUGCCUUUGUAACGACACAGAGUUUUUAAAUUGACGGUUUUUAAACAGUUAAGAAGAACCUGCUAAUUAAUUAUGAUUGAUUCGUUCCAGACGAACUCUAAACUGCAGCUGAGCUAAAGACAGAGCCACAGCCUCUUUGUUUUACACUGUAUUUUAUGUUUGUUACUGUUUUGAUGCAAAUUUGAGCCUAUUUCAGUGUGUGUACAUUUACUCUGAAAAUAAAGUCAUAUUUUACAAGUUA